AUGGCUGAUCUGUCCUUUGAAUCGAUUGGCUUCGCAGGCGAUGCUCCUGCCCCGCAGCCGUCCCCUCCUCCUCAGCAGGAUCGUGCCAAGAAUGCUUUUCUGAUUCUUGGCUAUGUUUUUACAGCAGUUCUCUACUUUUCACAAGGUCCAACUGUUUGGGGCAUAUGGGUGGCGCGGCAAGUGGGGCAGUCCAAGGUGGAUAUGUUUGUGGUUACACUUGCUAGCUGUGUCGUUUGGAUGAUGUACGGGCUAGCCGAUCCUCCCACACCCCCAUUUGUGAUUCUCAACGCUGUUGGCAUUGUAUUUGAGAUCUCCGUGUGGCGGGAGAACAACAUAGGGAACAUGUCUCUGCUGGUGGCCGUGGCUUUGUUCCUCAACGGCGUCUCCUGGACGGCGUAUGGUCACUUGGCUGACAACCUAUACUUCAUAGUGCCGGGCUACUUUGGUAUCUUUUUUGGAGCAAUGCAGAUAAUAGUGUGGGUUUUAGUGAGGUUCAUUUACCAUGGUCGAGGCACUAUUUGGAAACAGCACUUUUCCGUUUCUCUGCGACGCCACUCAAAGGACAAGGACGCUCCGAAAGCAAUUCACCCUCGCGCUGGACACACGUCGUGGGGAGCUACUUCGCAUCGCCUGGGACUGAAUCUCCCCCUUGCUGAAUCUGUUGAGUAGUAGUUUGUUUUGCUAUUUCAGUAGGGGCAAUGUAAUGAAAAAAGGACAAGACUUGCUAGUAGUUGAGUGGUUGAACUUCUGAAUCUGGUGUGUGCUGCUUCUUGAGCAGGAUGGGUUUUUAAGUUUGUAAGGGCUGUUGCCCGGAUCUGGCUGUGUGUGUGUUCUGUUUGCCUCGUCAAUUAAAAUGGGGCGGGGGGUAAACCCCUAUCUUAAAAAAAAGACUGUGUACUCGAUAUGCUCAGCAUAGCAUGCCUGUUUGGUUUGUAAGGGGAGACGUGGCUUUCAAAAAUAUUUGCUGUGCAUCGCACAAUAUUUGUAAUGUAACCAUGGUAUGGUAAUAAUCUGUCUGUUUG